AUGGGUGUCUCAAUUCCACGAGGAGAAACAUUUGUCAAGGUUGACAAUUUAGCGGGAACAAUUGGUUACAUUGACGAGAAAUACAUUCGAAAUCUGGUUGUCUCGGAGGAAACGGAUGUGUUUGCCUUUGGAAUAUUGAUGCUAAGGCUUCUGAUGGGUGAAAUGUUAUGGAAAUGUUAUGAGGAUGAUAAAAAAGAAGGGGAAGCUGACUGUGAAGGGGAUGAUGAUGAUAAUAACUCUUGUCACUCUGAAGCCAUGUGGGAGAUCAAUGAUCAGAGAAGACAAUUUUCAGAUGAAGGGGAUGAUGAUGAUGAUGACGCUGCAACCAUGUUGAGGACGGAUAAACCGUCUUUUUUUAGGCUGUUCAAAUUCAUUGAAGACCGAAGAACGGAAGAGAUUGCAGAUCCAGAAAUGCUAGAAAAGAUGAGUGAUAUUUCAGAAGAAGAGGUUUCUCAAAUGAAAGCUUUCAAAAUGCUCUCACUGAGAUGCGUCGGUCAUAAAGGGGAAAUUCCAACGAUGGUGGAAGUUGCCAAAGAACUAAAGAAGAUACAAAAGAUCUCUUCUUCUCCUAUAGGUGAAACCACCCAAUUCAACUCUCCUUAA